AUUAAAUCAAAUGAACAUGUGGUAUAAGAGCAAAUGCAAAGAACAAAGAAAACGCAUGCAUGUGACCGAAUAUCCGGAGGGGCGAUAAUGAUGAGGUGUCGCAUGAAACCGCGAUGCUUAUCUGCGCCGUCAAUAUACUUCUCUGCUUCAAUCCCACCCUUCACCCAUACACCCUCUCUGUCUCUGUGAGAUAUCUCCCCAGCUCAGCCAUGCUUUCACCAAACCCUCUCUCUCUCUUCUGCCUCCUGCUCCUUUGCUUUCCCCUCGCCGUUUUCUUCACCGCCACCACUAAUUCCAAGCCCGACGCUUCCCAAACCCCCGACUCCCCCAUCCUCAACAUCCCCAUUCCCACCGCCAUUGUUGCCCAAUCCAUAUCUUUCUUUGACUCUCACCACCACCGCAAGAGUCUAUACCGCUAUGUCCUCUCGCCGACGGACGACGACGACGUCUUGUGCCGGGUCGCCGCUCGGGUCAAGGCCAAGCCUAAACCGCCCAGAAAGAUUGCCUUCCUCUUUCUCACCACAACGCCUCUCCCGUUCGCGCCUCUUUGGGAGGCUUAUUUCAGUAAAGCCCCCAAGAAUCUCUUCAAUAUCUAUGUCCAUGCCGACCCUCGAUUCUCCUAUGAUCCCCCGUUCUCUGGUGUUUUCUCCGACCGAAUCAUCCCUUCCAAACACACGGAGAGGUACUCCCCAACGCUCACCGCGGCGGCGCGUCGUCUCCUCGCGCACGCUCUCAUCGACGAUCCUUCCAACUACAUGUUUGCCCUUUUGUCAGCCGCCUGCAUACCCCUGCAUUCCUUCAACUUCACCUACAAUACGCUGAUCCCGUCUGCACAGAGCUUCAUUGAGAUCCUGAAGAACGAGAAAUGGACGUAUGCCAGGUGGGCGGCGCGUGGCCCCGACGUGAUGCUCCCGGAGGUGAAGCUGGAGGAUUUCCGGAUAGGAUCACAAUUUUGGGCGCUGACACGUAAGCACGCGAGGCUGGUGGUGAGUGACCAGAUACUCUGGUCGAAAUUCAAGCUGCCAUGCGUGCGCAAGUACUCGUGCUACCCCGAAGAAAAUUACUUCCCCACUCUUCUCAGCAUGUGGGACCCCAAGGGGUGCGUGCCAGCUACGCUCACGCACGUGGACUGGACUGGCCGCGUGGACGGGCACCCUCGCACGUACAAUGCGACGGAGGUGGGGCCCGAGCUCGUCGACAGCAUGCGAAAGAGCAUCCCUAGGUACGGUGACGAGGAGAUCAACGGCUCCGAUUGGCAGUUGUGUAGUGGACGGCGAGAUCCGUUCUUGUUCGCGAGGAAGUUCGCCCCCGACGCGUUGCAACCGCUGAUGAGCAUAGCCAACGGCAUGAUCUUGAAGGAUUAGGACGGAGAUGGAAGGGACCGUUGAAACGGCAACGUUUUGGCAAGAUGAAGAAGAAGGGUUCAGAUCUUGCCAAAAUCGGGUUUGUUGUUUGCCGUGAAAUGUCAUGUGGCGCGCGAAAGUUGCGUCUGUUGUCUGCCGUGAAGUGGUGGUCAAUGGGAUUAUGUUGUGCCGUGUCGCAUAUGCGUGCGGGAGAUGCUGAGAGCAACAUUUUAUGCCAAUAAAUGCCAUUACAGAUCCAGGAUAUAAAAAUACGUAGUUUAUUUUGGUUGAA